AGACAAUUUUGAUGGAUAAUUAGUUAACAACCGUUUUUUUUUUUUUCAUUUUGAUCAUUUCGUUUAUGUAAUAUUUUUAAAUUGUUUAAAUUCGAAAAUGCAAAUGCAAUUAUUAGAAUUCAAAUAACAGCGCGAUUUACCAAAUCGUGACGGACUAAUCAGAAAUCGGAAAACCCUUUGCUCAUGUCCAGACUCUUAAAGGUCUCUACUUUAAAGUUCCUUCACCCUGUUUGAAAACGCUACUUGUUUCUGUAUUACAGAGAUUUUUUUGAUACAUCUAGAGCCGACUGUAUUUUUUUUAAGUAUAUUACAUAUUCGUUUGAUGUUAAAGCAACUUUAUCAAAAAUGUGUUCCGCUAAGUUUUGGGAUCAAAAGUGUGAAGGGUUAUGUCAACACUCGUUGUAUAAUCUACAGAGAUGAGGUUUUUUUACGACGUUUAUCGACGACUGAGUAUAAGCUGUCAUCCAGCGAAAAGGAUUUGUCUAAAAGCCCCCCUGACUUGCCGUCUCAAUCGCAAAUCAUCAUUGCCGGUGCUGGCACAGUCGCUAAUUCAGUCGCCUAUCACUUGAUUCUUAAUGGUUGGAACGAUGUUCUUGUUUUGGAGCAAAACACAAUUGGCAGCGGAUCUUCACACUUUGGCUCUGGCACUCUUGGUCUCUUCAAGCCCAUCUCUCGCAGGAACUUGAUUGCAUACAGUAUCAAAUUGUAUCAACAGUUGCAAGAGAUGGGCUAUGAUAUAGGGUUAAAACAAUGUGGUAGUAUAAAUUUGGCACAAACUAAAGAUAGGAUGGUGGCUUUAAAAAGAAGAGUAGCGUACAAUGUGCCAACUGGGCUGCAUUGCGAAGUUUUAGGUAAAGAAGAAUUAAAGAGACUACAUCCUUAUUUACAUACUGAUGAUCUAGAAGGAGCAAUUUGGGUGCCAGAAGAUGCCGUUGCUAAUAUCAAUGCAAUUUGUAAGAUCUUAGCAAAGCUGGCAAAACAAGGAGGAGCACGAUAUAUUGAACACUGCUACGUAGAAGAAGUAAAGACUGAGAAAGGUGCUGUUAAAAGUGUCAAGACUGAAUAUGGUACCGUUUCCUGCGAGUAUUUUAUUAACUGUGCAGGAAUGUGGGCUCGAGAGCUGGGAUUAAGAUGCACACCACCUGUCAGAAUUCCUGCAUAUCCCGCGGAACAUUUAUAUGCAAUUAUACCCCCUUUGUCAUCGCAAAUGAGCACAUCUUUGCCGUAUGUUCGAGAUUUUGAUUCGUACUCUUACUUUAGAGAAUGGCAAGGUGGACUACUACUCGGCUGGUUUGAGCCUGAUGCAAAAUCUGCAUUUGGAAGUGGCAAUGUCCCUACAAAAAAUUGGACAGAUUACGUGAAAAGUGAUCAGACUCAUUGGCAGCCAUUGUGGGACAAAGCUGUGCAUAGAUUGCCGAUCUUGAAAGAAGUGAAACAUCUCAACAUAUAUAAUUGUCCUGACAAUUUUACUUCUGAUGGUAGAUGGAUAUUGGGGGAAAGUCCCGAAGUGAAGAAUUAUUAUGUUGCUGUUGGGAUGAAUGGCAAUUCGUUGCAAGGUGCUGGUGGGAUUGGAAAAGAAAUUGCUGAAUGUUUAAUAAACGGCGAAUCUACGCAAGAAGUGCUCCCAUUUAGUGUGCAACGAUUUCUUGAUUUACACAACAAUAAACAAUAUUUGCAACACAGAGUGAAGGAAGUAGUCGGUCGAAAUUAUGCUAUAUUGUAUCCUCAUCAGUCUGAAUACAAAUAUGCCCGUAAAUUACGUUGUUCGCCUUUGUAUUCAGUUCUGGAGGAACGUGGAGCAAUUUUUGGUGUAAAAAUGGCUUAUGAACGUCCUCUUUACUUCGACUCUACUUACGAACGUGGACAGAAAAAACCGGUCAUGCCAAAAGGCAGCUUUUACAAACCAAAAUUCUUUGAUUUUAUAAAAGAGGAGUUUAUGGCAUGUAGGGAAAGCGUUGGAAUCAUUGACAUGAGCUCGUUUUCUAAGAUCGAAAUCAAGUCUAGUCGCAAAGAGGUAGUAGAAUAUUUACAACGUUUAUGUUCUAACGAUGCCGAUAUACCAGUCGGUGGUAUAGUUCAUACGGGAAUGCAAAAUGAAAAAGGCGGUUACGAGAACGAUUGUAUGUUAGUGCGACAAGAUACAAAUAGCUAUUUUAUGGUCUCACCCACGUCGCAACAAACACGUAUUUAUCAGUGGAUGUCUAGACAUUUGCCAGCUGAUCACUCAGUAGGUCUUAACGACGUGACUUCUAAGUACACGGUCAUUAAUCUAGUAGGUCCCAAAGCUACCGAUCUACUUUCAGAGUUAUCCAACUCUGAUAUCAAUCUUUCACCUUUCACUUAUAAAAUGGUAAACGUCGCAUACGCUUCCGAUGUUAUGGUAAUGGCGUUCACGCAUACCGGCGAGUCUGGCUAUUGCCUCUACAUACCCUCGGAAUACGCGCUACAUGUUUAUUCGACAUUAAUGGCUACGGGAAAGGAUUAUGGGGCGAGAGACGUUGGUGUUCUCACGCAACGUUUUAUGAGGAUAGAAAGAUUUAUUCCAUUUUGGGCUGAGGAACUAACACCGUAUGUUACGCCGUUCGAAGCUGGGAACAGCUACAGCGUAAGAUUGGAUAAGGAUUAUUUUAUCGGUAAAACCGCCUUGCAACAUCAGAAAUUACGCGGAGUGACAAAGCGAUUAGUUUUGUUUGUACUUAACGGUAUGGAUUUGAACAAAGACGUGUGGGCCUGGGGUGGUGAGCCGAUAUAUCGAAAUGGCGAAUUUGUUGGCACUGUUACAUCAGCCGGCUAUGGUUUUAACACGGAGAAACUCAUUUGUCUCGGAUUUAUUAGCCUACCCGGAGCAAAGCGAGACACAAACGUUAUUACCACCGACUUUAUAAUGACUCCAUCGGCAUAUUACGAAAUCGACAUCGCCGGAACCAGAUUUCCCGCUAAACCCCACGUCAAUCCGUUGCCCAUACCGUUAAAUACUAAAUUAAAAAAAUAUAUUCCUACUCCAGUUGUGUCGUAUCAAAGCGAUGUCUCAAAAUAAGUAAUAUUCUAGUCAGUUUUGUUUUUUUGUUUUUUUUUUAAUUAUCUCGCGAGAUUCAUCACCGAAUAUAGAUAAAUAUUAUGUUCCUUGUAUUAUUCUAUGUACGUAAUGCACAAUAUUGCUCACAUGUAACAAAUAUUGUAAUAUAGAGCUGACACAAGUAAGAUAAA